AUGGUCCUGACGCUGCUCCUCUCCGCCUACAAGCUGUGUCGCUUCUUCGCCAUGUCGGGCCCACGGCCGGGCGCCGAGCGGCUGGCGGUGCCUGGGCCAGAUGGGGGCGGUGGCACGGGCCCAUGGUGGGCUGCGGGUGGCCGCGGGCCCCGCGAAGUGUCGCCGGGGGCAGGCACCGAGGUGCAGGACGCCCUGGAGCGCGCGCUGCCGGAGCUGCAGCAGGCCUUGUCCGCGCUGAAGCAGGCGGGAGGCGCGCGGGCCGUCGGCGCCGGCCUGGCCGAGGUCUUCCAACUGGUGGAGGAGGCCUGGCUGCUGCCGGCCGUGGGCCGCGAGGUAGCCCAGGGUCUGUGCGACGCCAUCCGCCUGGAUGGCGGCCUCGACCUGCUGUUGCGGCUGCUGCAGGCGCCGGAGUUGGAGACGCGUGUGCAGGCCGCGCGCCUGCUGGAGCAGAUCCUGGUGGCUGAGAACCGAGACCGCGUGGCGCGCAUUGGGCUGGGCGUGAUCCUGAACCUGGCGAAGGAACGCGAACCCGUAGAGCUGGCACGGAGCGUGGCAGGCAUCUUGGAGCACAUGUUCAAGCACUCGGAGGAGACAUGCCAGAGGCUGGUGGCGGCCGGCGGCCUGGACGCGGUGCUGUAUUGGUGCCGCCGCACGGACCCCGCGCUGCUGCGCCACUGCGCGCUGGCGCUGGGCAACUGCGCGCUGCACGGGGGCCAGGCGGUGCAGCGGCGCAUGGUAGAGAAGCGCGCAGCCGAGUGGCUCUUCCCGCUCGCCUUCUCCAAGGAGGACGAGCUGCUUCGGCUGCACGCCUGCCUCGCAGUAGCGGUGUUGGCGACUAACAAGGAGGUGGAGCGCGAGGUGGAGCGCUCGGGCACGCUGGCGCUCGUGGAGCCGCUUGUGGCCUCGCUGGACCCUGGCCGCUUCGCCCGCUGUCUGGUGGACGCCAGCGACACAAGCCAGGGCCGCGGGCCCGACGACCUGCAGCGCCUCGUGCCGUUGCUCGACUCUAACCGCUUGGAGGCGCAGUGCAUCGGGGCUUUCUACCUCUGCGCCGAGGCUGCCAUCAAGAGCCUGCAAGGCAAGACCAAGGUGUUCAGCGACAUCGGCGCCAUCCAGAGCCUGAAACGCCUGGUUUCCUACUCUACCAAUGGCACUAAGUCGGCGCUGGCCAAGCGCGCGCUGCGCCUGCUGGGCGAGGAGGUGCCACGGCCCAUCCUGCCCUCCGUGCCCAGCUGGAAGGAGGCCGAGGUCCAGACGUGGCUGCAGCAGAUCGGUUUCUCCAAGUACUGCGAGAGCUUCCGGGAGCAGCAGGUGGAUGGCGACCUGCUUCUGCGGCUCACGGAGGAGGAACUCCAGACCGACCUGGGCAUGAAAUCGGGCAUCACCCGCAAGAGGUUCUUUAGGGAGCUCACGGAGCUCAAGACCUUCGCCAACUAUUCUACGUGCGACCGCAGCAACCUGGCGGACUGGCUGGGCAGCCUGGACCCGCGCUUCCGCCAGUACACCUACGGCCUGGUCAGCUGCGGCCUGGACCGCUCCCUGCUGCACCGCGUGUCUGAGCAGCAGCUGCUGGAAGACUGCGGCAUCCACCUGGGCGUGCACCGCGCCCGCAUCCUCACGGCGGCCAGAGAAAUGCUACACUCCCCGCUGCCCUGUACUGGUGGCAAACCCAGUGGGGACACUCCAGAUGUCUUCAUCAGCUACCGCCGGAACUCAGGUUCCCAGCUGGCCAGUCUCCUGAAGGUGCACCUGCAGCUGCAUGGCUUCAGUGUCUUCAUUGAUGUGGAGAAGCUGGAAGCAGGCAAGUUCGAGGACAAACUCAUCCAGAGUGUCAUGGGUGCCCGCAACUUUGUGUUGGUGCUAUCACCUGGAGCACUGGACAAGUGCAUGCAAGACCAUGACUGCAAGGAUUGGGUGCAUAAGGAGAUUGUGACUGCUUUAAGCUGCGGCAAGAACAUUGUGCCCAUCAUUGAUGGCUUCGAGUGGCCUGAGCCCCAGGUCCUGCCUGAGGACAUGCAGGCUGUGCUUACUUUCAACGGUAUCAAGUGGUCCCACGAAUACCAGGAGGCCACCAUUGAGAAGAUCAUCCGCUUCCUGCAGGGCCGCUCCUCCCGGGACUCAUCUGCAGGCUCUGACACCAGUUUGGAGGGUGCUGCACCCAUGGGUCCAACCUAACCAGUCCCCAGUUCCCCAGCCCUGCUGUGACUUCUAUUUCCAUCGUCCUUUCUGAAGGAGCAGCUCCUGAAACCGGCCUCCCUGGGCUGAGACAACCUGGGCUCUUCUUAGGAAAUGGCUCUCCCUCUCCCUGUCCCCCGCCCUUGUGGCCCACCUCCAGCCCACUGUCCUCAGUAUCUGGAGAGGGAAGGGAAGGCAGGCUUGGGCGCGGGAGGUUAGAACUCCCCCAGGCCCUGCCAUUGGGUUGUCUGUCUCCGUCAUGGGGAGGGUCCCUGCUCAGUUCUGGAGACACUGGAGUUGGGGUGGGGGUGGUUCUGCAUUCCCUUCUCCUGCUCUGAUAGCAGUCAGCUUGAGGAGGAUGAAGGAAGGCAGCCUCAGACAGGAAUUAAGGCAAUGCCCAGGCGGGCCUGGGCACUGUAUUCUGAGCAAGGGCCUGGGCCCAGGAGCCAGCCAGGGAUGAGUGCCAUCAUGGCUCUCCACUCAGACUGUGCCUGGCCUCUGCACUUACAACUUCCUGCCGCUCUGUGGCCUUGCCCUGUAAUCACUCAGUGCCCUUAGCUAGCCUGACUAAGUCCCAGAUCCCCUACAGCUUCCUUCGGUGUGGUAUCUUUUGCCACAUCCAGGGCGAGGGUUGAGGCAAACCAGCCCUCCCUCUGACUUCCUUGUCACUGCAGCCAGCUUUGCUGCACUUGCUGGUGCACAGGAGCCUCCUGUUUGGGCCUGGGUCUGGGCAUGGGGAGGCCGUGCCUCAAAGCCCACCCUACCCCAUGCCUUGGUGCUGUGCCUCAGGCUCCUUCCUGGUCUGGCCCAGCUGGCUUCCCCAGCCCCUCAGCCAUCCAGGGCUACCCACUGCUUGCUCAGGGACCAGGCAGCCCCCAUGGCAGUAAAAGCAGCCUAGACAGAACCUGCAGCUCUGUGGAAAGAGGCAAAGUCCUGAAAAGGCAAAGGGUUGUCACUUAGGGCAGCUUCUCCAACUUUAACAUGCAUCCAGGUCACCUGGGAAUGUUGUUAAAAUCAGGAGAUCUGGGGUGGGGCCUAGGACUCUGCAUUUCUUACAGAUUCCCAGGUGAGCUGAUGCUGGUGGUUAAGGGUAGCAAAUCUCUAAAGCACGAAGCCCUCACAAAUCUUUGCCAUUUCCCAAACACUCCACUCCAUGGUCUCCAGUCAUCAGAGCAACUCUACCUGGUAUUAUCAUCCCCAUUUUACAGAUAAUGACACUGAGGCUCAGAAAGGUUGAGGAUAAGCCCAGUUUCCUGUCAUUAGUGGCAGCCCCAGAUCCAGACCUAGGCCUCCUGGCACCCAGUCCACUGGCAGUGGAAUUGCUUUCCUGAGAAUCAUUCUGAGGCUGAGCUAUUGCUUCUCCCUUGCUUCAAAGAAUCUAGCAGCAGGGGAUAGGAUUUUGCAACAAAAAGCUGACCCAGAGGCCAUACAGAGCAGGAAUAUCCCGUUGCCCCCUCCUCCACUGGGUUCAGAGGGUAAGAAAGCACCCUCCAAUAAACCCAGGCUCUAGGCUGCUGAAGGCUCUUUCCCCGCAAUGGCCAGGUGUUGACACCUUAAAGCUGGCUGCGCCCCCAGCCCCACUCUUGGCUGUGCUGGCCAGGUGACUCCUAGUUCUUGGCCACAUCAUCAGAAAGUCAAAGGUCUCACUCCAGGUUUGGGGCUCCUUCCUUCCACUCCCCUCCCUGCCAGAGUCUGUCUUAGCCAGUGCCAGCCUCGAUGCUUUGGUUUUGACCCCACCUGAUCCUCCUUUCCUCAUGCAGCACAAGUGCUCACCGGGGCCAGAGCCAGGGCAUGGAUACGACAAGCAGGGCAGCCUGGACACUGCCCUCACAGGACAGCGUCAAUAACAAUACAGUGUCUGAGUAUCUCCAG